GUUUCAUGAAGCUCGUGAAGAAUCGAUAUAUUUCAGCUUUUAUACCGAAACAAUGGAUACUUGGAAACUUUUGUAGACUUUAUAAGGAGUGUUAAACAUGAACGAAGGGCACCAACUGCCUCAACAUAAAGCAGCCAAUCCCCCUUUUUUGUUUCUUUGGAUGAGCACAGACUCGUGCACUGGUGUCUAGGCGCGUGCGCGAUGCCGCAUCUGGAGGCAGAAAUCCUGUCCUGUCAGAUGAACACGGAGGCUGCGCUGCGCUUUCUGUUCUUUCCGCAAGAAGCCCGGAUUGCGCGCUCUCUGCGCAGACCUGAAUGGAAACCUGAACUUUGAAACCUGACACUCAGCUGCUUCCCUGGACGCAGGACAGCCGCGCCGUGCCGUGCCGUGCCGUGCCGCGCUUUCCAGGGCUGUGUGAAACAGCGAAGCUGCAGUCUUCAAAGCAGAAUCGGGGGACCUGGUCAUGGGCAAAAAAAGAAACUAUUUUGCGUCCUUCAAGGACUACAUUCUCAGCAUCUGAUCUAUGGAAUAAUUGAAAGUAUCAACUGGAGAUUUUCUCUGUUUAACAAGAAACGGUGACUCAGGAAAUCCCCAGUUAGUGCUCACAGAAGGGCCCAUGCUGUGGUCAACUUGGCCCUGGACAUCAAAAGAAUCAAUGGUUUGGCUCAUCUUGCAUCUACCACGUAGAUUCUGUUGACGUUCUCCACUGACUGUAGCUCAGCUUAUGGCAUUAGCAUGAGUCGUCUGAAAUACCCAACCCUAUCUGGAUGUUACCUUUUAUCCCUUCUCCUACUGAAGAGCUGCUGGCUACUGUGUUCUAUCUUAACUAAGCCUGUUAUUUUGGCAAACUCCCCACAACCUCUGCAGGAAUAUGCCCACUCCAUACGCCUGGAUGGUGACAUUUAUCUGGGUGGCUUGUUCCCUGUCCAUGCCCGUGGAGAGAUGGGUGCACCCUGCGGGGAGCUAAAGAAAGAGAAGGGCAUCCACCGAUUGGAAGCGAUGCUGUUUGCCAUAGAUCUUAUCAACAAGGAUCCAGAGCUGCUGCCCAAUGUGACUCUUGGGGCACGCAUUCUGGACACAUGCUCACGGGACACCUACGCCUUGGAGCAAUCCCUCACCUUUGUCCAGGCACUCAUAGAGAAGGACGGCUCUAAUGUCCACUGUGCUAAUGGAGAACCGCCUAUCUUCACCAAGCCAGAUAAAGUGGUGGGUGUCAUUGGGGCAUCAGCUAGCUCCGUGUCCAUAAUGGUGGCCAACAUCCUGCGACUGUUUAAGAUACCUCAGAUCAGUUAUGCUUCUACCGCCCCAGAACUAAGUGACAGUAGUCGGUACGACUUCUUCUCUCGUGUGGUUCCGCCAGACACCUACCAGGCUCAGGCCAUGCUGGACAUUGUCACUGCCUUGGGCUGGAACUAUGUGUCCACACUGGCCUCUGAGGGAAACUACGGCGAGAGCGGAGUUGAGGCCUUUGUCCAGAUCUCCAGAGAGUCUGGUUCGGUUUGCAUUGCUCAGUCUCUGAAGAUUCCUCGGGAGCCAAGACUUCAAGAAUUUGACAGGAUUAUCAUUCGUCUGCUGGAGACUCCCAAUGCUCGUGCUGUUAUAAUGUUUACCAAUGAGGACGAUAUCAGGCGAAUUCUGGAGGCUGCAAAGCGGAACAACCUAACAGGACACUUCUUAUGGGUGGGCUCUGACAGCUGGGGAUCUAAAAUCUCUCCAGUCCUCCAGCAGGAGCAAGUUGCCGAAGGUGCCAUAACCAUCCUUCCAAGAAGAACCGCUGUAGAUGCAUUCGAUCGUCAUUUCAAGAGCCGCUCUCUGUCCAACAACCGCAGGAACAUCUGGUUUGCUGAGUUUUGGGAGGAAAAUUUUGGCUGCAAGCUGGGAAUGCAUGGCAAAAGACCUGGCAGUCCUAAAAAAUGUACAGGAAUGGAGAAAAUUGGCCGUGACUCUAUUUAUGAGCAAGAAGGUAAAGUGCAGUUUGUCAUGGACGCCGUCUAUGCAAUGGCCCACGCUCUUCACCAUAUGCACCUUGAGCUCUGCAGCGGAUAUCCUGGCCUGUGUCCACGCAUGGCCAACAUUGAUGGGAAGGAGCUCUUGGCUCACAUUCAUGCUGUCACUUUUAAUGGAAGUGGAGGAACUCCUGUGACCUUUAAUGAGAAAGGUGAUGCUCCUGGACGAUAUGACAUUUUCCAGUAUCAGAUCAACAACAGGUCCACAGCAGAUUACAGGGUCAUUGGACACUGGACUGAUCAACUUCAUCUGAAUAUGGAGGCCCUGCAGUGGGAUGCAAGUGAUUCUUCCCGACCAUCUUCAGUGUGUAGCAUGCCCUGCAGCCCUGGAGAGAGGAAGAAAGUGGUGAAGGGCAUGCCGUGCUGCUGGCACUGCGAGCACUGCGAGGGAUACCAUUUCCAAGCCAACGAGUUCACCUGCGAGCUCUGCCCUUACGAAAAGAGACCAAACCAAAACCGCACUAUGUGCCACCCUAUUCCUAUCAUUAAGAUAGAGUGGCAUUCACCGUGGGCUGUACUGGCAAUCUUAAUUUCAGUUCUUGGAAUAAUUGCUACAACUUUUGUUACUGUCAUCUUUGUCCGCUACAACGACACACCUAUUGUGCGUGCCUCAGGUCGAGAGAUGAGCUAUGUUUUACUAACAGGUAUCUUUUUGUGUUACAUUGUUACCUUUCCUAUGAUCGCUGCUCCUGAUGUUGUGGUCUGCUCCUUCCGACGCAUCUUACUGGGCCUUGGCAUGUGCUUCAGCUAUGCUGCUCUCUUUACCAAGACCAACCGCAUCCACCGCAUCUUCAGACAAGGAAAGAAAGCUGUCACACCGCCUCGCUUCAUCUCACCAGCUUCUCAAGUGGUCAUCACCUUCUCACUUAUCUCACUUCAGCUGCUGGGUGUCCUUGUGUGGUUUGCUACCAAUCCACCACACACCUUUGUGGAUUAUGGCGAGCAACGAACUCAAAACCCCGAAAAUGCGCGCGGUAUCCUCAAAUGCGACAUUUCUGACCUGUCACUGAUCUGUUCCUUGGGCUACAGCAUCCUUUUAAUGGUCACAUGCACUGUUUAUGCCAUCAAGACACGCAGUGUACCAGAAACCUUUAAUGAGGCUAAACCUAUUGGUUUCACCAUGUACACCACAUGCAUCAUCUGGCUUGCUUUUAUCCCGAUCUUCUUUGGCACUGCACAAUCAGAAGAAAGGAUGUACAUCCAGACAGCAACAUUGACCAUCUCCCUUGGUCUCAGCGCUUCUGUUUCUUUGGGAAUGCUCUAUAUGCCUAAAGUCUACACCAUUAUCUUCCACCCUGAGCAAAAUGUUCCAAAACGCAAGCGCAGCUUUAAGGCCAUCGUCACUGCUGCCACCUUGACCACCAAACUAUCGCAUCUGGCAGCAGAGCGGCCCAACGGUGAAAUGAAGACAGAACAGAGCCUGGGGAUGAAGCCCAGUGUGUCCCCACAAAAAACCACCUACGUCAGCUACAACAACCAAGCCGUGUGAGGAAGACAAUCCUAAACUUUUAGAAACCAGACUUCCAUUGGAGUCAAGUGGAUCCCAACACCUAACAAGAAAAGUAGAAGUUCUCAGGACUUUGAAACAUUUUGAGUAUUAUGAAAGACCGAGAACUAAAGCCCUCUCGUGCAUAUUGCGUUUAAUGCUUAAAGGCAGUCAAAAAAUCAAUAUUAAAGCAAACAAACAAAAAAAGAUCUCCAAAAUUGAAAGUUCUUGGGAUCAGCCAUAUUUUAGGUGUAUCAGUUGUUUUGGUUUUUCUUGUAUGGUUGUUGUGAAAUGUUUUUUUCACGUCAUCUGUUAAGAGAUAUCUUAAAGCUAUGGUUCAAUUGAAGCAUGCCUUUUUAUACAAUUAACUUAUUUGAAAUAAAGGAAUGUUUGGCUAA